UGGUAAGAUAAGGAGUCAGGUUAUGGAGGGCCUUAAAGGUAAACAGCAGGAGUUUGAUUCUGGAGGUUAUGGGAAGCCAGUGCAGCUGGUGGAGAAUCUGGGUGAUAUGACUGAAGGAGGAGGUUCUGGAGGUGAUGCAGGCUGCUGAGUUCUGGACCAGUUUUGCUGCCUAAGUCUAAGUUGAAGCUUAUUGAGGUUUGUUUUAGGGAGACCAAAGAGGAGGGAAUUACUGACUGUGGACCAAAAUAGAAUUAGAGCGGAUGGUGAGGGAGGAGUGUAGGCAAUUAAUGUUACGUAAAUGGAAAUGGGCAGACCGAGCAAUGUUAUUAAAAUGGAACUGAAAAGAUAAAGAACUAUCCUGGGUGACACCCAGACUCUUCACCUGCAGGGAGGAGGAAGAUCAGUGAAAGAGUAAAACUUGUGGCUUUGGAAAGGGUGGACUUGGAACCGACGAGAAGUAGCUCGGUUUUAUCACUAUUGAGUUUGAGAGAGUUUAAGGUGAACCAGUUUCUGAUUUCAGACAGACAGGAGGGGAGGGAGGAGGGUGGAAGAGAGGACUCAGCUUUGCUUGAUACAUAGAGCAGGGUGUCAUCCAGAAAAAAUAAACAUUUAUAUUAAAUUUACAGAAAAUAUUGCCAAGGGGUAAAAGAUGAGUAAUGAAAAGAAGAGGACCAAGGACAUAACCUUGGGGCACACCAGAAGAGACAGAGGAAAGCAGAGAUUUAAAUGAUUUAAGCUGAAUGAAUUUGAAGGCUUGCUGUCCCGCAUUAACCAGAGAGUAAAAAUAAAAACAAGAAUAAAAUCAGGGGACCUUUUUAUUAUCCUCUCGAUGAAAACUAGAAAAAUAUCAUGAAGAAGUCUGGAGACCCGAGCAGGCUGGCUCCUCAUCCUGCAGCGGCUCUCUGUCUGGCCGCCAGCUCGCCUCCCGGGAGCCAGCAUAGUGAUCGUGAUCGCUCCAGCUCCAUGGGCCCAGAGAAGGACCGUCCACUGUUUACCCAACUGUAGUCGGGACGGGUUUCCAAUCUUUAUGACCCUGAUUUGGCUCCCUACAAUGAAGCAGCAGCAGUAUGAGGCGGAGGGAGGAAGCAGCAGGAGGAUCAUCUGUCCUCUGGAUCCCAAACACACUGUGGCCGAAGACAAAUUGGAGAAACACCUGAAGAAAUGCAACUCCAGACAGAAACCCAAACCUAUUUAUUAUGUGGAGAACAUCAAUGCAGGUCCAGAUGAUGGCGAUGAAGGACUUCCACAGGUGAGUCUGUCAGAACGCAGCUGGUCAGAAUUGGAGCUUCUUCUGGAGAAGCUUAAGAAGGCCUCAGAAGGACUGCAGUGUGAGGUGGAGGACAACUUCCUGUCUCAUCCCGCCCUCCAGGAAGAACUUGUUAACCCAAAGAAUGGGGACCCUGCCCACAAACACCUGAAGCAGCAGGCCUCCAUUUUAGGUCACCUGGACGAGCUGGGUCUCCUUCGAAGGGGGCGGUGCUUUGUGGAGUUCGGUGCGGGUCGGGGGAAACUUUCUCAUUGGAUCCACGAAGCCCUGAAGAACAACGGGGAUCUGAAGGGCAGCGAGGAUCUACAGCUGCUGCUGGUGGAGCGCAGCAGCAUCCGAUUCAAGGUGGAUGGGAAACACCAGGAUGCUGGAGUUCAGUUUGAAAGGCUCCAAGUGGACAUAGAGCACCUGGACCUGAGUAAAGUUCCCCUGUUGCAGGACAAGAAGUUUCCUUUGGUUGGAGUUGGCAAGCAUUUGUGUGGUGCAGCUACCGACUUGGCUCUGAGAUGUUUGUUGGAAACAUCCAGAUUAAGAGACCCAGAGACUGAGCCGCCCCAAAAACGCCUCAAGCCAUCUGAACCAGCAGCAGAAGCGACCCCAGGUGAUUCUGGUGCUUGUUCUGGCGCCAGCGUCAGUCCUGUGCUUGGCCUGGCGGUGGCGUUGUGCUGCCACCAUCGCUGCGAGUGGCGUCACUUUGUGGGAAGGCAGUUCUUCUUGGAAAGAGGACUUGGAGCCGCAGAGUUCUCCGCCUUUUGCCGCAUGUCCAGCUGGGCCACAUGUGGAGUUCGAGCUGCCAAUCAGGACUAUUCGUCACAUCAUUCGACCAAUCAGGAAAGAGCAGAAGAGGAACACGAACCCUUGGAUGAAACGGACACCAUGAACAAGUUCUUGUCUGCGGUGGAGCGAGAGAAGAUCGGCCGUCUCUGCAAACGUCUGAUCGACAGCGGCAGAUGUCACUUCCUAAAAAGCCAAGGCUUCAGCAGCAGAUUGACCUGUUACACAGACCAAGGCGUUACGCUGGAGAACGUUUUACUUACUGCUGUCCCAUCUUCCUCCUCCAGCUGAUGCUCUGUCACAAAGGAAAUAUGUCCGUUCUGAAGAGGUUUAAUUAAGGGGCUGAUCAGAGAUCAAUACACAGAUCCAGAGGAGGAGACCUGAUUUUUUUUUUUUGAAGGUGCAAAUGUUUUAUAAAAUAGCUUUUUACUUUCUCACUUCUGCAGUUUCAGUCUUCUGAUAAAUUAAAAGGUCCAAACCA